AUGGCCUCCGGCCUUCCUUCUGCACACAUAGGAUUGGAAAAAAGUCAAUCUCCCAAAGCUUCGCAUCCUCCGAAUCGUCGAAGCGAAGUCCGGACUGUCGAUGUCAGGAAGCCACCUACAGCCAACGGAGAUGGGCUGUUUCACGUCUUCGACUCAUCUACCUUGUGUCUGCACGAAGGGCAGAAGCGCUGCAGAGGCCCAGCUACACCUCUAUCCGGCAGUCGCUCCAGGGUGAUGCAGCCAACACGUUCACGGCCACAAAACGCUCGCAAGUCAAGUCAGAAGUCCUUGCCAGAGUUGCCUCAAGCGGGACAACCUGAUAUAUUCCGACUUUAUCCUGCUUCACCUUGGCUGCCGUCUGCAACAUCGAAUCUACAGACAAGGAGUGAUGACCGACCUGUGCAAGAUGAAUCUCUGGACAACCGAAGCGUGGCCGCGAGUCCGCCAUCAGGCCUAUCUCAGUCGUGGAAGUUCGCGGAUCGCCGCGAGCCUGCAUACGCAGCUUUAUGUGACAAUUCAAUUGAGUUCAAUCCUCUAUUAUCGGACCAGGACUCAGACCGUUCUUCACAGGACGACCGUGCAUCUCUCAUGGACGAGGACGUUGACUUGGAAGGUGACAGAACCCAAUCCAAGACGAAGUUGCUCGCUACACCGCCAAACCUCUUCCACGGCUUCCCACGGUAUCCGAAAGGUACACAUUUCGGUCUCUUGAGCAGGCCUGAGCGGCAGAGCAGGUUGAUACAUCACUGGGUGGUCUAUAUAUGUGAUGGGAUGAUGCCAGUUGUCUGCGCGGAAAAUCCAUUUCGGAGUCUGUUCAUCCCAAUCUCGCUGCAAGGGUUGGACUCUCCCCACGAUCAAUCCAACGCAUCACUCGCUCUUUUCCACAACAUCUGCAGCAUCUCUGCUCACAGUCUAUGGCUGCUCAAUAACCACGACGUCAGCUUUCUGGAAUUAGCCAUCAAGCACCAGCAACUUGCGUAUCUCCACCUCCGGCUCAACCUGCAGUCUCGAGAUCCGUCCCAAUACGUCGCCAUACUCUGCGUGAUGCUCUCUUUCUUCAUUGCGUCCGGCAUCACCGGCGACCCCAACGGGUGGCGACAACAUGCCAUGGGCGGCUAUCGCUGGUUACGCAGUACGGAUGCGGGCUUUUGGUGCAGUUCGACGUCGGCGAAUCUGGUGUAUCAAACCUUCAUGGGACUUUUGACCUGCGCCAAAUCGCAGCUAUUGCUCGAUUCAGGAGAUCAAGACAUCGUUCUCGAUUCCCUCGAGGACGAAUCUCCCACGAAAAAGUACUUCUUAGAUCGCUUCCUGGGGAUUCCGCAGUGCGCCCUCAAAAACAUUGUCAAGAUCAACGACCUGAUGUACCGACUGAAAACGUCCCAAACGCUCAUGCCAAAUGAGAUCGAAACCUUGUGUCUAGAGCUCUACCUCGGCCUCUCAGAUGUCUGGGAUGACCGAACCCGCUCUCUGCCGAACCCGGCUUCAGACCACCAGACCAAGGUCAACGGUUGCCAGUCUUCGCCCUUCAACCCUAGUCACCACCACCAUCUUUUCUACUACGGCUGUCUCAUCUACUUCCAUCGCGGGGUCAAGCGCCACCCACCGUCGUCACCGGUGAUCCGCGACUUUGUGGAGCAGGGCUUGAAGCACCUGGAAGCCUUCAACUGCACGGAUGGAACGCUACGGAUACCUCUGCUGUGGCCCGUAGCGAUGAUUGCCUUCGAGGCCCUCUCCAGCGAGGAACGGCAGCGGGUGCGCCGCUGGUUUGACUCGCGCACCCACCUCGGCUUCAACUCGGUGCCAUCCGUCAUGAACUUGAUUAGUGAGGUCUGGCGCAGGAGAGACGAGCAAGAAGCGGUCCUUUGCGAAACACUACUGGCUCAAUAUGGACCGCGGCAGGUCAUUGUGGGAGCCGACGAUCCCGUCGUUGCCACCCAACUUGAGCGCCGGCCGUCCGAAUAUGCAUCUGCAACUCAUCAGGUCGAGAGCAUACAUCUGCAGGGUGAUUUACAGAAGCUGGAAGAGCUUUUACUGGGAGGAGGCUCUGAAUCUCAGGCCAUGGACGUUCACUGGCAAGAUGUCGUGAAAGACGUGCCCGUGUAUGACGCUCUACUCCUGUAG